AAGCGGAGCUGAUCCCCUCUGCCCGCUGGCGUGUGCCUGCUCCCGUUACCUGCGGGGCAGUGUACACAGGAGGCUGUGUUUGUUACCUGAACACUAAGGGAAGAGCCGUUCGGCCCUUCACUGUGCUGGCUGGAUUUGCCUGUGUUUGUUCCUAGUCACUGCUCAUGUAAUGCACUCCCUUAACCAGGAAAUUAAAGCAUUCUCUCGGAAUAAUCUCAGGAAGCAAUGCACCCGGGUGACAACGCUAACUGGAAAGAAAAUUAUAGAAACGUGGAAAGAUGCCAGAAUUCAUGUUGUGGAAGAAGUAGAGCCGAGCAAUGGGGGAGGUUGUGGUUACGUGCAGGACCUUAGCUUGGACCUGCAAAUUGGCAUUAUUAAGCCAUGGUUGCUCCUGGGAUCACAAGAUGUUGCUCAUGAUCUGGAGACACUGAAAAAGCACAAGGUGACUCAUAUUCUCAAUGUUGCAUGUGGAGUUGAAAAUGCUUUCCUUGGUGACUUUAUAUAUAAGAGUAUUUCUAUAUUGGAUUUGCCUGAAACCAAUAUCCUGUCUUAUUUUCCAGAAUGUUUUGAAUUUAUUGAACAAGCAAAAUUGAAGGAUGGAGUGGUUCUUGUUCAUUGUAAUGCAGGAGUUUCCAGGGCUGCUGCCAUUGUAAUAGGCUUCCUGAUGAAUUCUGAAGAAAUCUCAUUUACCAGUGCUUUUUCUUUGGUGAAAAAUGCAAGGCCUUCCAUAUGUCCAAAUGCUGGCUUCCUGGAGCAGCUGCGUAGGUAUCAAGAGGGCAACGAAAGCACCAAGUGUGACAAAAUACAGGAAUUAGAAGGGACAACAGUUCAUGAAUUACAUUCUAGCAGAUGAUGGACAAUGGUAAUUUCGGAGUUGGUCUCUUUAGCCACCUCUCCCCUCUUUUGGAGAGUAGACUAAUACAAAUUUCCUUUUCUCUUGGUUUUUUCAAGUGGAAAUGGAGGUCAAUUGAUUGUCUCGAGCUAGUGUAUAAAUAAAUAUUCAAUUAUAUCCUGUUCGCUUUGGUAUAAUAAUAUGUGAUUAGGUGCUUCUUUGAUUUGCUAAGGGAAAAUAACAAUUAAUUUCUGUGGAAAGAAAAGUUUUAAAUUUAAAAUCAAUAUUAAAGCAUGGAAAGAUUAAAUUGGUUGAUUAAAACUUUUGGUAUUUUUGUAUUCCAGCAACUAUUUCCAUGAAGGAAAAAACUUGAAGUGCUACAGUGCUACUCCACUUAACUAUUUCAGAGGGAGGUAAAUUUCUUUGUAAAGAAUUUAAGAUUAAAAAGCAAUACUGUAAACCUCCCCAAAGAGGUAACCAAGAUCUGAAGGUUUACACAAUAGUUAUGUAGUGGUUACAAUAUUCACUAAAUUUUUAUGUCCUUUUAUGAAAAUGUACCCACAUUUCAUUUUGAUUUUUAUAAUUUAAUUAUAUUCCUUGUGUUUAUUUUUUAAGUUUUUUUUAUAGCUCUUCUCUCAUACAUUAUUGUGAGCUUAUGAUUCUUUAAUUAGGUGACCUAGUCUCUUACAUUGUGUGCUUUUUAUUCUGGGUCUCUAGCAUUCUAUUUUGGGGUCCCAUGUCAUAACUUUCUGAUCUCCUUGGAUCUGUGGGAAAAUGUUUUAUACUGAAAAGUCAUUUUUUAAUGAUUUGGUGUUUUGAUUAAUGAUUUUUUUUUUUGGAGGGGGGGAGGUAAUUAGGUUUAUUUAUUAUUUACUUAUUUAAUGGAGGUAUUAGGGGUUGAACCCAGGACCCUGUGCAUGCUAAGCACACACUCUACUAUUGAGCUAUACCCUCCUCCCCCUUAAUGAUCUGUUUUCUAGUUCAGUAUUUCACUAGGGAACACGUUUUUAAGGAAAGAAGGAUUAUGGUUUUGUAAGAGAUUUUAAAUAUGUUUUUAGAAAGUCUAAAAUCAUUUACAAUUUUAUUUCUGGCUAGAGGCUUUGAAUGGUUUCUUUUUUUUAUUAAGUCUCCAUAUUGGCAAGGUUGAACUCUGUACAUUAUGAAUUUGCUUAAAGAUAUUCUUUGAAUUAUUUAGAAUAAAAUGUACUUAAAAUUAAUUAUAAUAAUUAAGAGAGAAUUUAUUUAACAGCUUUCAAGUAGACUUUCAUGACUUAAAAAAUACCAUUCUCCUCUAGAUUUUAUUAAGAAAGUCCUGAGCUCUUAUUAAACAUACAUUAUAGAGAGCAAGCAUUUUCUUAUAUGUAAGUUGGGAAGUGCACAUUGAGCACAUCUAUGCAUUUGAGAAAGCAGGCUUUCUUAUGCUGUCAGGAGCAAAAAACAGAAGUGAUAAAAGCAAAUUAUGUUUCAAGAUUGCUUAUAGUCUGACAAGAUUCCAUCCUAUGCAAAGCUAUGAACUUUGCUUCUGCUGAGAAGCAGCAUAAAUGUAAUCAACCUACGGUGAGCUGUUUGAAGCCUAACAAGGCAGACAGAAUCUUCUUAUAUAUGAGACUGAUGUAUAAUGUCGUCAUUAUGGUCAAUAUUGCUGAGGGUUUGCUGGGUGAAACUUUUUCAGUCAUAUGAAAGCAUUUAUUUUAAUACAUUUGCUAUUGCUAUUUAGUUUUCAGCCAUUAAAUGUUGUGAACAUGAAGCCUUAAAAAGAACUUAAUCCUUACGGAUAGUAUAUUAACUAUGUCUGUAGUUUGUAUGCUUAGCUGUUGCCUGUAGUGACCUGGUUAUAAUGCAAACACAUGUCUUCUGUAUCAUAAGUGCUUUGAGCAUCAAUUUUGUUUUCUCUUAAAUGAUAAUAGUUUGCGGUAUCUAAAAUAAAUCAGUGAAUGUAAUUUAGUCUUUUAAAUUAGGGGUACUAUGUAAGGCAAUGAUUGGUCACACAUUCAGCAUGUUUAUUGCACUUCCCAUGGAUAUGUCACUCUGUCAUAUUUAGCCAUUUAUAAAAAGGACCUUUAUCAUUAUGAGCCUCUAACUCACAUAUUGUAAAUUUAAAACCCAUGUGUACUAAAUAUAGAUCUGUUUUGAGGGAGUGGAAAAAAUACUUCAGUGAAGCUUUGCCUCUAUUUAAAAAUAGAUUUUCCUGCCAUUUUUUAAAGGUAUGAGGAAGUGCAAAUUAUCAUUUGUUUUUAAACAUUGAAAAGAAAUGUAGGGCCUCUCUAGCAAUCUGAAAAAGAUGAGCAGAACCAAGAUACUGAAACGUAUGAUUGAUUGAUAAAUAAAUAAAUAACCUACUUAUUUUGGGUUAAUAUCUUUAAAUGUUUGCAAACUUUAUGCUUUAAUACAUGUAGGUUUGUGAUUACGUAUAAUUUGAAUUGAAGACCCAAGAAAAAGUUAGAUUUUUGGAAAAUGAAGUAAAUAUUUUCUUGGAUCCUAUUGAACAAAAUUUGGACUAUUAUACUAACUCAAAGAUUUCAGAGGAAAUGGAGUGUAGUAUUUCAGACUGUUAAUGCAGUUUUACUUUUGCAUCCCUUCUUCUCUAUUGAAUCUUGAUUGAAACAUAUGAAUAUAGAUAGCACUUUGAAUUUGUGUGUGUGUGUAACCUAGGGAACCUACUUUGAUUCUGAUUGAUAAUUCCAGUAGUGGUGAGGAAACCUUCUGAACUGGUCAACAUUAUUAUUAGUAACUCAAAUGGUUCAAGUGUAUAUAGAAGGUCCCCCUCAAAGGUAAUUUCUCUAAAGAUUCUGGAAUGUAACAAGUAUAAAUCAGAGUAUUCUCUUAUACCCUUACCCAGUGAAUUAACAAAUUAACAAUUUUAUAAACAAAACCAUAAUACGUUAAAAAAAAAACCCAAAAUGCAGCACAAUUAUUUGAUUUUUCCAGGUGACUCUAAAUAGUUGAUUUUUCUGCCCAAAGGAUUCUGAACAUAGUUAGUCACCCUGCAGUUAUUUAUGAAUUUAAACCAGAAAAUUUUAAAGUUUUGUAUUCUUAGGAUACAUACAAUGGCAUUUACAGUUAACAAAUUUAUGGUCUGUUUCUAUUGGCAUACUUAGAAAAAAAACCUUAUAGUUAAACUUUUCUAUAAGUGAAGCUUUGACUUACUGUUUUGUAUCCAUAUUUAUAAUGAACCCUUUAUUGUUUCUAGGUAUUGAUAUACUUUAAUAAAAAUAAUAAAUUUACUA